AAUGGACGCUAAGACAAAAUCACAGUGGACCAUGGAGGAGACAACCUGUCUCCUUGGAUUUUGGUCUUCUGCCGAGGUCCAGAAGAAGUUAGAAGGAGCAACCCGGACGAAGGUUGUCUUCGAGCAGCUGCAGCGGGAGAUGGCUGCGGCGGGGUAUGACCGGAGCGCCGAGCAGAUAAUAAAUAAAUUGAAAAAGUUGAAGAAGGACUUCAGGGACCAGAAAAAAGACCUGGGGCGAAGCGGCAAUGGACGGCCAAAGAAAGGUCCACAUUUUGAUGUCAUAGACUCGGUCCUCGGCGACAGACCGGCAUGCCAAAUCACCGGGGCGUUGAAUUCUGCGACGGCCAUGCUGGAAUCGAUGGUGGACGAGUCGCUCAUCGAAAGCACCCCUGAUAUCGAGUUGUCUGCCGUAGAAGACUUUUGUAACGCGGAGCUACCACCGCCGGAGAGUUGUAGCUCACCAUCACCGUCACCAUCACCGUCCAGCCAAGGAAGCUCACUUGCCAGACAAGGAAAAAGAAAGUGGGACAAGGACAGCGAAUUGUUGCAGUAUCUGGAAAGGUCUGACGAGCGCCACCUCCAAUCCCUGGAGGCCUCCAGAGUGGUGACCAACAAUUUGCUUGAGCAGAUCAGCGCAAGCAACACCGCUUUGCUCGGGCUGAUGGGACGUAUUGCCAUGCUCAGGUAA